GGUCUCGGCCUCCGGCCCUGGGCUGCUCGCGAGUUCGGGGCCCCAGUGCUGUGGACGUCUCCACUUCCAGGUGUGCGGACGUGCUCUCUCCGCCUCGUGCAUCAGGCCGCGCGCGGUUGCCGGCUCCCGGAUUCUUGCGGGACUGUCGGAAGCCCGACACAUUGUAGCGGGCGCAGCCGGCGCCGCCCUCCGCCUUUCCCAUCCGUAGGCCGAUCCCGUGGUAGCAUCCGGUAGGGAAAUGGUCGUGCUUUCGGUCCCCGCCGAAGUCACUGUGAUCCUGUUAGAUAUCGAAGGUACCACAACCCCGAUUGCUUUCGUGAAGGACAUUUUAUUUCCUUACAUCAAAGAAAAUGUUAAAGGGUAUCUGGAGACACACUGGGAAGAAGAGGAGUGCCAGCAGGAUGUCAGUCUUUUGAGGAAACAGGCUGAAGAAGACUCCCACUUGGAUGGGGCUGUCCCGAUCCCCGCAGCAUCUGGGGACGGGGCGGACGAGUUGGAGCAGCUGAUCCAGGCGGUGGUAGAUAAUGUGUGCUGGCAGAUGUCUCUGGACCGAAAGACCACGGCGCUGAAACAGCUACAGGGCCACAUGUGGAGGGCGGCCUUCAAAGCUGGGCACGUGAAGGCAGAGUUCUUUGAAGAUGUAGUUCCAGCAGUCAGGAAAUGGAGAGAGGCUGGGAUGAAGGUGUAUAUCUAUUCUUCAGGGAGUGUAGAGGCACAGAAGCUAUUAUUUGGACAUUCUACAGAGGGAGAUAUUCUUGAGCUUGUGGACGGUCAUUUCGAUACCAACAUUGGACACAAAGUGGAGAGUGAGAGUUACCGAAAGAUUGCCAACAGCAUUGGGUGCUCAACCAACAACAUCUUGUUUCUGACAGACGUCACCCUGGAGGCCAGCGCUGCUGAGGAAGCAGAUGUCCACGUUGCUGUGGUGGUGAGACCGGGCAACGCGGGACUGACGGAUGACGAGAAGACUUACUACAGCCUCAUCACAUCCUUCAGCGAACUGUACCUGCCUUCCUCGACCUAAAGAGGGUGUCUGAGGAAGACCAUACUGUCUUCACGGAGUUGUCCCUGUAGUCUAGUUUUAUCCUGAUGGUAAGAGUAAUUUGCUUAAAAAAUAGGGAGCACACACGUAAGGUAUGCAAGUGUGUGUGUGUAUCUGUUCAGUUACCUUUCACAGGCACGCAAGUGGAGAAAAGAAUCUCAGUUCAGUGAAGCGGAAUCUUAUUUAAAGAUGCUUUAUAUGUAGAAAUUGUUCGAACCCCCUGCUCUAACCCUUAUUGAGGGUGAAAUAGAGUUGAUAGAAGGAAUUACUAUUAUACAGGUCAGAUGUGUUAUGUUUAUCAAGUCAUGUACCAAAAUGGAAAGGUAGGUUUGAGAAAUUACUCAGAAGCCUUGUUACUUUAAAAAGUAGAAGUAUUUCUAAGACAUUCCUAAUAAUAACUUAUCCCCCUUUUAAACUGUGAAUUAGAAGAUGGCAACAACUGAAUUUCAAAACAGUGGCCUCCCUCUAUACAAAUGACAAAGCUAUUUGUUUCUGCUCCAAAAGAGCAAAAUUGGGAAAGGAAACUCGUCUGAGUCUUGAUCAGUCAGGUGUCUGUUAGGUAAGAAACUGGCUAGUCAUUGUGGCACCCACAGCAAGCAGUUGCCUUACCCGUGAAAAAGGUGCACUAACGUGACAGCUAAGAUAGAAACGUGCUCCCUAAUGUUUAACAAAACAGUCCUGAUCCUACCAGUUGUUACCAUAGAUUUCAUAGAUGCCUUUCUAACUACUUGUUAGCACAGUUUGAGAACAUUUGUUAAUUGCUAUUUCCUGCUAAAAACCAGAAAAUUUACUAAAAUCAGUCCACAAGGCCUAGAAGAGCCCUAAUAUGUAAUAUUUUCCUCUGAAAUGGAGGUGAGAAAUGUACAUUUUUAAAAUAUUAACUAUCCUGGUUCAUUCUAAUGGAAUGUCAUGUCAGUUUCAUAUGAUGAUUAAUAAAAACAUUUUCUUCUUCA